UCACCUUGGCAACCGAGUGAAGCACAGACUGCUGCGGCCAUGAAGAAAGUUUGUUUUCUGUCCUGAGCAUGUCCAAAUUACAGUUAGCUAACAGUUGGCCUUCACAGCCAUGUCCAGCAGUGUGAAGCCAAAGCCUGGGCGCUAUGGGAGCGACAUCCACAGACUGCUGCUGGCGGCUGAAGCCGGGCAGAAGGCUGAUAUCCUGGCCUACUCCUCAGGUCAUCUGGGGCCUCGCAGCCUGAACCCGAGUCAGCCUCAAGAGGAGACAAAGUCGUUUUUCUGGAGGAUGUCUCAGAGCCAAGAAGAAAGUCGAAACCCACUAUCUCUCCAGCAGAUACAGACAAAGGCAAAAAAGAAUGAAAUGAAAGAGUUCCCCCCUGAGUUCACUUCUGGCACUGCUUUAGUAGAGCCUAGAGUCUUGGGGUCCACACAAGAUCAUACAUCACAUCCUGAAAGAAGAGAACAUAUAAGUCUACCUCAGAUAGUUUACCGUCCCUCAAGGACUUUGCAGAAAGCUUGUUCUCAGAAAAAACCUAAAUCUCCAUCUGAUCUGGGGGUAAAUCAUCAUUUCACACUGAGCCGUUCUGACCAAGACGGCCUGAACGACCAAGACCAGCAAGAGAAGAAAAAAUGCUUUGGCUGGCAAGUCAUGGCCAAACCGGACCUCUGGGCUGGAAAAAAUGUUGCUGAAAUGCAUGCGAGGAAACUGCAAGAGGGGUUGAUUAAGUUGUCUGCGCAGAGCUGGCCCAGCAGAGACCGCCUUGCGGUGUUCAGUGACGUCUUUGAUGAUGUAUGUGAAGACUCGCCAGUGUUUGGACGCAUCCUGAGGGAAAUUAAGGCAGAAUAUGAUUUAUACGUCAACCACCUGAUGAGUUUUCAGUCCUCACCACGCAGCAUGGUUCCUAAUGUUUUGUUGUUGCUUCAGUCACCGAAUACUUCACUCAAAGUAAGCGAAACUGAGUUGGACGAUGCUGAAAAGGAGGUUUGCAGGCUGGAGCAUGAGGCUAGAAGAGCUCUAGAGGAGAAGAAACGGGUCCAAAAUGAGUCACAGAACAUUUCAGCUGCCAUGCACCCGAAGGACAGUGACAAGAAAAAUACAUGUCAGUCAGGGCUGCAGGAUACUAUGAGUGUCUCUGGCUAUACUGACAGCAUCCAGGUCAAGAGGCUUCAAGUAAUGAAUGUUUGGAAGGAGAUCAAACAGCUGGAGGAAGAGCUGGAAGAGAAGUUGGUGUCCACUGUUACAACCACAGCUACUAAAGGACAUAUCAGAGACCAACAGACUGAAAUAAUGAAGCUGAUAGCCUCAAAUGAGCAUCUAAGGGCCAUUAGCAAGAGUCAGAUGUGCUGUCUUUUAAGGAUCUUGAAAACAACAUCAGCGCAGUGCUGAACAGAGAGAAAGCAAGCAAGGCCAUAAGACGGAUUUUGUGGGAUGAAAUCCACCAAGAUCUACAAGCAGAGUGAAUGGCUUCAUCAGCAGGAAAACUACAGAAUACUAUGGGACAUUUCAAAACUUAGGCAGUGUGUGCUCAAUAAAAGACUUUGACAACCAGCAA